ACAAUACAGAGAAACCCUGUCUCGUAAAACCAAAAAAAACCCUUUUUACGUGUAUGGGUGUUUUGCCUACAAGUGUCUGGAUACCAUGUAUGCACAGUGCCCAUGGACUCCGGAAGAAGGCAUCAGAACUGAGGUUGUGGGCUGCCAUGUGGGUACUGGAAACUGAGCCUGUGUCUUCUUAAGAAUGGCCAGUGUUCUUAACUGCUGAGCCAUCUCUCAAUCCUCAGGCAGGGUCUAUGCAAGACCUAAGCCCAGCAUUCCAUCUAGGUUUAGCUAGAAAUUUUAAGGGGCCAGAAUGGGAAGGUGAGCAUAGAGAUUAACCUCCAGGGUGCUUUAGAAUAACCAGAAAGGGGUAGGAAGGAUAGAAGAAGGGGCAGACAGUUCCGUUUCAGAGCAGGUAGGUUGCCAAAAAGGACUCGGAAUACCAGAUUUAAAGUAGACUAUAAAGAUAGAAUAAGCCGUGACUUCCAAGUUGUGGAAGUUUUUCUGUUUAUUCCAGGCCUGCUUAGCGUAGCUCAGUGAAACCGUAUUUCCACACUUGUUUGCGUGUCUGGGUAGGCUAGUGUUCUACCACUCAGUGACGCUCCAGCCCUCCAGAUAUACGUAUAUACUUACUUAUUAAUUUAUCGCUUAUUAUUAAUCAUUAUCGAGACAGGGUUUCUCUGCAUGGCCUUGGCUGUCCUGAAACUCACUCUGUAGACCAGGGUGCCCUUGAAUUCAGAGAUUCGCCUGCCUCUAUCUCCCAUGUGUUGAGAUUAAAGGCGUGCGCCACCGCCUCCCCUGAUAGGAAUUUUUGGGUGCUACAGAGGUGUAUUUCCUUGAGGAGUAAAGAACACACUGGUGGGAUGGACUUGCACCCAGAAGUUUGAUCUCAUUUCUGGACCGUAUUUCUUUUGAAAUGGCGUGAGUUUAGAGGCUGUGACCCUUCUGUCUGCAUGAAGUGUACAGAGCUCUCACCCUGGGCACCCACGCCACCCUGGGCGCCCACACCGGGCAUCUGAGCCGCUCUCACACUUCCUGUAGUCUCAGCAUAUGAACAAUGUGUCCCAUUCUGUAGCCUUCCUGCCUUUCUUGUUUGGGGUGAGAGAGAGUGAGGUUUGGGUGGGACAUGGAGGACACUCGAGGAGGGAUCUGGGCCACUCCUCUGCCCUUGCUAACUUGCAGAGAACACACCCAGUUGGCUGUCCCUUCCCUCUGGGCCUCCUGUCCUGGGGCACAGCUGACAAAGGAGACUCCUGAGCGAGCGUCUUCUUAUCACUGAAAGUGCUGAGCCAAGAGCUCCUAGCUGCCCCUUUCGCAGAUGUGAAAGGCCUGUGAACCUUGGACCCAGAAGGUUGCUUAACACUCCUCUCCCUUUCCCUCACCCCUUCCUUUUCUAGCUCCCUCACCACCUCCUCCCUUCUUGACCUGAUUUAAAUCCGAUAGGCAUUUGUCUAGGCUUCCCUUUGACUGCUGGAGGAAGGAGGAGCGGGCCAGACCACUGCUGUUGCGGGACGGCAAUGCAAACGAGCUGGUGAAGACCUUCCUCCUCCCCAUCAUGGUCGACAGCACCAAGUAUGAAGCUGCUGCCCAGCAUGAGGAAAGUACCUCUGCUCUGGGAAAUGGGGCCAGCCCAGUGGCCGAGCAGGUAAAACUGAAGAAGGAGAUCUCACUACUUAACGGCGUGUGCCUGAUAGUGGGGAACAUGAUUGGCUCCGGCAUCUUUGUCUCCCCCAAGGGAGUACUCAUGUACAGUGCCUCUUUUGGCCUCUCCCUGGUCAUCUGGGCUGUCGGGGGCAUUUUCUCCGUCUUUGGGGCCCUCUGUUAUGCCGAACUGGGUACCACCAUUAAGAAAUCUGGAGCCAGCUAUGCUUAUAUCCUGGAGGCCUUCGGGGGAUUUCUUGCCUUCAUCCGCCUCUGGACUUCUCUGCUCAUCAUUGAACCCACGAGCCAGGCCGUCAUCGCCAUCACCUUUGCCAACUACAUGGUGCAGCCCCUCUUCCCGAGCUGCGGCGCCCCCUAUGCUGCUGGCCGCCUGCUGGCCGCUGCCUGCAUCUGUCUCUUAACCUUCGUUAACUGUGCCUAUGUCAAGUGGGGAACCCUGGUCCAGGAUAUUUUUACCUAUGCUAAAGUGUUGGCACUGAUCGCAGUCAUCAUUGCAGGCAUUGUUACACUUGCCCAGGGAGCCACAACGAACUUUGAGAAUUCCUUUGAGGGUUCAUCAUUUGCAAUGGGUGACAUUGCCCUGGCACUAUACUCAGCUUUGUUCUCCUACUCGGGCUGGGAUACCCUUAACUAUGUCACUGAAGAGAUCAGGAAUCCAGAGAGGAACUUGCCCCUCUCCAUUGCCAUUUCCAUGCCCAUUGUCACCAUCAUCUACCUCUUGACCAAUGUGGCUUAUUACAGUGUGCUAGACAUAAAGGACAUCUUGGCGAGUGAAGCUGUUGCUGUGACCUUUGCAGACCGGAUCUUUGGAGUAUUCAACUGGACAAUUCCAGUGGCAGUUGCAUUAUCCUGCUUUGGUGGCCUCAAUGCUUCCAUUGUGGCUGCUUCUAGACUUCUAUUUGUGGGCUCAAGAGAAGGCCACCUCCCUGAUGCCAUCUGUAUGAUUCAUGUUGAGCGGUUCACGCCAGUGCCAUCUCUACUCUUCAACGGUAUCUUGGCACUGGUCUACUUGUGUGUGGAGGACAUUUUCCAGCUCAUUAACUACUACAGCUUCAGCUACUGGUUCUUUGUGGGGCUUUCCAUUGUGGGUCAGCUCUAUCUACGCUGGAAGGAACCUGACCGGCCUCGCCCUCUCAAGCUCAGCCUUUUCUUCCCCGCUGUCUUCUGCCUCUGUACGGUCUUCCUGGUGGCUGUGCCCCUUUACAGUGACACCAUCAACUCCCUCAUCGGCAUCGCCAUUGCACUCUCGGGCUUACCCUUCUACUUCCUCAUCAUCAGAGUGCCCGAACACAAGCGGCCCCUGCUCCUUCGAAGGAUCGUAGGUAAGCUUUGGGGCAAGUUGGUCAGCUACCUGAAUAGAUGGUUUUUCUUUUUUGCCAUUUUCUGUAAACCUAAGCUCCCAAGUCCCUCUUACCACAGCCGGUCCCUGCUAUUAACCAUAUGGCUUAACCGAACCCCUUCUUUCAGGCCCAGCCCCCUCUGGUGCCACUGACGCUGUUCCCAGUUUUACCUCAGAUUUCUCUUUGUAGCCUCCACCACCCGGUACCUCCAGAUCCUCUGUAUGUCAGUUGCUGCAGAACUGGAUUUGGAAGACGAAGAGACGCCAAAACGACAAAGUCGCAAGUCUAAGUAGAGCUUGGGAUUCUGAGACAUGGACAAACGGGCUUAUGUCCCAUUGACCAGAGCCUCUCUGGAGGCAUCCGUCCAGGAGCCCAGCCUUGGCAGCUUCAACUCUGAACUUGCUUUCAGGGAUGAAAAGUAAUUUAUUUGUUUAGCUAUGUGUUGUUUCAGACUUCAUCAGGGGUUAAUGCAGACUGGCAGGAAGCAGGCCACUUCUGGAGCUUGGUUCUGGAAGGACCUGGGUGUGCCUACCCACUCCUCUUUACCUUUACAAGGGCCAACAAUGCUCCAAACUUGUCUCCUUUAGAGGGAGACAAAACUGUCAUAGAUGCCAAACAAUAAAAGGUUAUGUUCCUAAA